AUGGAAAAUGGGAGAGCUCAUACCUUAACAGUCUUGUUCAUCCUCACGUGUGCACUGGGCUACGUAACCUUGCUUGAAGAAACACCACAAGAUACAGCCUACAAUACAAAGAGAGGUAUUGUUGCCAGUAUUUUGGUUUUCUUAUGUUUCGGAGUUACGCAAGCUAAAGAUGGACCGUUUUCAAGACCUCAUCCAGCUUACUGGAGGUUUUGGCUGUGUGUCAGUGUUGUGUAUGAGCUCUUCCUCAUCUUUAUACUGUUUCAGACUGUACAAGACGGCAGACAGUUUAUGAAGUACAUUGAUCCACAUUUAGGUGUUCCUUUGCCGGAAAGAGACUACGGUGGAAACUGCCUUAUUUAUGAUCCUGGCAAUGAAACGGAUCCAUUUCACAACAUCUGGGACAAACUGGAUGGAUUUGUUCCUGCUCACUUUUUUGGCUGGUACCUGAAGACACUGAUGAUUCGAGACUGGUGGAUGUGUAUGAUCAUCAGUGUAAUGUUCGAGUUUCUGGAGUACAGUCUGGAACACCAGCUUCCGAACUUCAGUGAAUGUUGGUGGGAUCACUGGAUCAUGGAUGUGAUCUUAUGUAACGGAUUAGGAAUUUACUGUGGGAUGAAGACUCUGUCUUGGCUUUCUUUGAAAACGUACAAAUGGCAAGGACUUUGGAACAUUCCUACAUACAAAGGUAAAAUGAAGAGAAUUGUCUUCCAGUUCACCCCGUAUAGCUGGGUCAAAUUUGAGUGGAAGCCAGCGUCCAGCUUACGCAGAUGGCUAGCAGUUUGUGGCAUAAUCUUUGUAUUUUUAUUGGCAGAGCUGAACACGUUUUACUUGAAGUUUGUCCUUUGGAUGCCACCAGAACACUACUUGGUCCUGUUACGACUUGUCUUUUUUGUCAAUGUGGGAGGUGUGGCUAUGAGGGAGAUCUACGACUUCAUGGACGACCCGAAGUUCCAUAAGAAACUGGGUCAGCAGGCAUGGCUGGUUGCUGCUAUCACUGCCACGGAGUUCCUGAUUGUCGUGAAGUACGAUCCAUAUACGCUCACGCUUUCUCUUCCGUUCUACAUUACCCAGUGCUGGAUCUUGGGGAUUAUACUUGUGCUCACCUGGACAGCCUGGCGUUUCUUCAUUCGUGACAUCACCUUGCGGUAUAAGGAGAUAAGGCGACAGAAGCAAGAGCACAGAUAUGAAAAGGACAAAUGCUUGAGCAAUGGUGACGGACACUCAUCGAUACUGGAAGAACAAAACGGGAACAAACUGAGGGAGAGGAAGCUCUGA